GAUGGAUUUGAGUUCCAUGCUGUGGGCACUGAACAAGUUGAAAGCGCCACGAGAAUUCUUGAAAGUGGUAGUACUCGUAUACUUCACUUCGAACCUUUUCAAUCUUGAAGAGGACUUUCGGUGGCUGGAAUAUUUUGCUGGCCAAGCCUCCUGCACAUUUGAGAUGAGGCAGGCUGGUUUCCGGUCAGCUCGAUUUGAUAAGCUCUAUUGUCAAGAUCCUGGUGCACAUGGUCGAAAAACCAACUGGAUGGAUCUUACAACACCGGCAGGAUUUGCUCUCGCAGUGGUGUUCGUGAUGAAGGGCAUGGAGCUCGAUCUAUUGAGCUGGUUUGGAAUCAAGUGUUCUUCCCUGGUGGCAGUAAAUUCGGGGACAAGCAAGAGAUCAGCUUGCAACAGUAUUGGCUUGUCAUGUCCAUCGGUUGAUGAAUCCAAUACUCUACUAGAGAGGACCAUAUGCCUUUGCAUGCUGGUGACGGCGAAGCAAGGAGUGUGGGUGCUGGAGCAGCCAGGAUCUAGCGUUCUCGAAUUUUACCCUGCUUGGCUUCAUUUUCUCAAUGCCCUCUACCAAUGGUAUGGAAUGAAAAGUGUACGCCGGGUUGCUUGGUGGAUGUCAAGGUAUGGAGCCAAGAGCCCUAAAAGACAAUAUGCCUGGGCCAACUCUCCGGCAAUUCUUCGUCUUGAUGUUGGCUGGAAGAAAAUGAAACAUACAAUUCGCACAUGCCACCAGUAUGUGAACAAAAAUGGGAAGCGGUGCUGGCAUGGGUCGUCACAACUCAAACGCACAGAGAAUUACCCUCGACCUUUUGUGCAAGCUAUUGUUCGCUUGAGGGAUGACCUGGUGAACCGUGGCACUCGGCACUCAUACCCAUCCCCAAUGCCAACUGGGGUCUCGACUGUGCAGGCAGCUUGGCAAGAUGAUGAGGGCCUGUUCAAGCAGGCUCGACUGUCAGAGGUGGUUGCCUAUUUGAGGCUGGGGUCAAGUUUGAACCUGCCAAAGCACUGGCGGGAAACCAUCCCACGUCCUGAUGGAUUUUAGAAUCUUUCUGGAACCUAGAAAGGUUUGACUUGCUGCAGAGUCGAAUUUGGGUAUCGAAUGCUGGAAACUAUUGGAUUUCUC